UCGGAGUCGGAGUCGAGACUCGUGAUCCACCGGGUGAUCAACACAGUCCGCGAGCCGCUUCCCUGAGAGCGUGUUAGUAAUUUAUUAAUUUUAAAAUUGCCCAACAAACGCGCACGUUGUUGAGUGUGCAAAUUGCCCCACACCGUUGACAAUUAAAUAUAUAAAUGAUAGUUGGAUAAUAAAAUAUAUAUAUACAUAUAUACAUAUAUAUAUAUUUUAAAAUCGUAAUGCGAGGUCGUUAAUCGACGCUCGGAAGUGACGUGUUACGUUUCUUUGUGCUCGCCUCGGGUCUUCUUAUGUUAUCAAAGAGUCAGUUUUUUUAAUCCUGAUUACACUAGAUACUCUAAGACUCAUUUUAAUUGCAAGUGAUGGUGUAGUGCCACUGGAUAUUUCUUAAACACAACAAUAAUAUAUUUUAAUGUUCAAGUAAAUUGGAGUUGGAGUUUUAAAGUUGAAGGAGUUUUAUAUUUGGUGACAAGGGUGUUGUAUUAUGUUAAACAACUCGGCUCUAGGUGGCCGCGAAUUAUUAAUAAUUACAAUAAUACGUGCGCAUGUGUCCAGUGGGAUUUUAUAAUAAACUUCUUGACACCUCUCUGGAUACUUUGACGGUGCCUACAUCUGGACUGUCUCAUGUCAGAAUGGCGCUGGCGCGACUCGCGGUGAGCGACUGUGCGCCUCAAACGUCGCGGGUUAGUUCAAAUUUACACAGCAGUAGUAGCAUGGCGGUAAGCCGUGUUCCAAGCCCGCCACCUCUUGAAGUUAACACCCCAGUUGCUGAAAAUUGGUGUUAUACACAGGUGAAGGUGGUUAAAUUCAGCUACAUGUGGACGAUUAAUAACUUCAGUUUUUGCCGGGAAGAAAUGGGCGAGGUUCUUAAAUCAUCGACAUUUUCUGCUGGGUCCAAUGAUAAACUUAAAUGGUGCCUGAGAGUUAAUCCAAAAGGCCUCGACGAAGAAAGCAAGGAUUAUUUAUCACUUUAUCUGCUUCUCGUGUCUUGUAACAAAUCAGAAGUCAGAGCAAAGUUCAAAUUUUCAAUUCUUAAUGCCAAAAAAGAAGAAACCAAAGCUAUGGAGAGCCAACGAGCCUACAGGUUUGUCCAGGGCAAGGACUGGGGCUUUAAAAAAUUCAUAAGAAGAGAUUUCCUUUUAGAUGAAGCUAAUGGUUUAUUACCGGACGAUAAACUAACGAUAUUUUGCGAGGUCAGUGUGGUAGCAGAUAGUGUUAAUAUUUCCGGUCAAAGUAAUACAAUACAAUUCAAAGUACCAGAAUGCCGAUUACCUGAGGAUCUUGGUACACUUUUUGAAAGCCAAAAAUUCAGUGACGUUACAUUAACUGUCUGUGGUAAUGAAUUUAGAGCGCACAAAGCUAUUUUAGCAGCGCGUAGUCCAGUUUUCUCAGCCAUGUUCGAGCACGAAAUGGAGGAACGGAAACAAAAUCGCGUUGAUAUUACGGACGUUGACUACGAGGUGCUCAAGGAGAUGCUGAGAUUUAUUUACACGGGCAAGGCCACAAAUCUCGAGAAAAUGGCGGACGAUUUGCUGGCCGCGGCGGACAAAUAUGCUCUAGAGAGGCUCAAAGUUAUGUGCGAAGAAGCGCUCUCCACAAAUUUAGCUAUUGAGAAUGUCGCGGAAAUUUUUAUACUCGCGGAUCUUCACAGUGCUGACCAAUUAAAACACCAGGCCAUAGACUUUAUUAAUACGCAUGCAACAGACGUAAUGGACACACAAGGAUUCAAAACGAUGGUAAAUACGCAUCCACACUUAAUAGCCGAGGCAUUUCGUGCACUAGCAACGCAACAAAUACCGCCCAUCGGUCCGCCUCGCAAACGUGUGAAACAAAGCUGAAAGCAAUCAUCGCUAUUAUUGAUACCGGGCACAACAACAGUGUCUUCACCGCCCCACCUACAUCCCUCUUGACUUUAUUUUCGUGUACAGUGAGAUAUUAUAAUACGCGUAGUGCUAAAAUUAAUGAAUAAAUAAAUAAAUGAAUAAAUAAAUAAAUAAAAUAAAAUAAUAAUAAAUGUUUCCUAGUGCGACCACCAUUUUUUUGUCGGCCGUCGCAACGACUAGUGUCCAUGGUCCGUGAUAAAAAAAAUUUUUUAAAAAACAAGAAGAAGAUUAAGAAAUAAAAUUUAUAAAUAAUUAACUCACGGCCAGUUAAGCGGGAAUCCGCAAACUUUUUUUGUGUUCAGUGAGUGUCGGUAGUGUGUCAAAAAAUAAUUUAAUAAAUAAACUCAUUAAAGUGCAACGAAAAAUGUCAUGAGCUAUUUAAAGUUCUCGGUUUAUGAGAAUUAAUAUUAAUUAAUUGAUUAAUUAAUUAAUUAAUUUGUAUACCCAC